UGUCAAGCGGUGUUGUCGGAUUGUUUACAUGAAAACAGUCAACGGAAAGAAGCGAAAUACAUUUCCUCACAAUAAUUACAAUUUUUAACUGCAAUUCGCCUUUCCUCGCAACUUUUCCACGAUGGCUGCUACACGGGAACGUCGGUCCAAUGCCGGGCGACGGAUGGCCUCCUUGCUAAACGAAGAGGAAGAAGACGAAUUCUACAAAACUUCGUACGGUGGCUUCAACGAGACGGUGGACGAUGGAGAUUAUGUUCAAAAAAAUGACGACGAGGAAGAUAUCAUCGAUUCCGACUUCAGUAUUGACGAAAACGAUGAGCCAAUAUCGGACAUGGAAGAGGAAUCGGGCAAGGGUGCGAAACGCCGCAAAAUGGGCACGGUAACGAAGGCGUACCGUGAACCGGUCCCAAAGAAACAGGCACCCAACAAAACGAAGGAACCGAAGCCGAAAAAUGAACGACAGUCGACACUCCGCAAGCGGCCAAAGUUUACCGUCAUUGAUUCGGGGCGCAAAUCGUUUCGGAAGUCGACGGCCGCGAAAACGGCCGCUACCCAGAGCCGGCUAAAGCAACGCUUCGAGGCGGAACGCAAACGGACGCGCGUCAUACGAACGGAGGAAUAUAUUCCGACGCAAGAGGAGCUGCUGGAGGAGGCCGGAAUUACGGAACGCGAAAAUAUCAAAUCGCUGGAACGUUUUCGAAGGAUGGAAUUAGAGAAACAAAAAAUUAGACCUACGAAAAAGAAGUUUACCGGUCCAACGAUACGCUACUUCUCCACUGCCAUGCCCAUCAUUGAGGAAGUGUACGACCCCAACACCGAUGUCGACCCGCUCAGCAUAAGCGAUCCGAAGGAGCCGGAAGAAACCAACGACAAGGCAACGAGAGAAAAGUCCGUCAAACGGGGCAAAAAGAAAUCCACCGUAAUGGAGGUAACGGGCCAGUACGAGCGUACCUUCAUCACCUUCGAGAACGAUAUCGACAACAAGGUGUUCGAUUCGUACUUCCCCAAGCAGGACACGGCCCGCAAGCAUCGGCAGAUUUGUGCCGUCACGCGGCUACCGGCCCGAUACUACGAUCCCAUCACGCAGCUACCCUACCGCAACAUGCAGGCGUUCAAGAUACUGCGCGAAGCGUACUACCAGCAGCUGGAGGAGCGUGGAAACACCGACAACCCGGACGUGGCACGGUGGUUGGAAUGGCGCAAAAAGAUAAAGGAAUAUCGCGUGACGACGAUGAAGAAAAUGCAGUCCGCUGCCAGCGCCAACCCGAAACCACCUGCCGCCGGUGGUACCGCCGGGGGCAGUCCGAUGAAGCUGGCAUCCACGGCGACCGGAGGGACGACGAAAUGAGACCUCCCAUUCUCGACGGUACGGUAAGCGUAAUUUUUAACUGUUUAUAAAAAAAAAUAUAAAAAUUAAUAAAUAAAAAAUUCAAUGCGAAAGGAAACACCUCAUCCUUUCUAGGCUACAUUGGCAAUUUAUUUUCUACGGGUGUAGGUGUGAGUGUGUGUGUGUGUGUGUAUGUGUGCUUGUGGGGUUCCUUUUUUGCAUUUGCCAGGAGCGCCUGGCCGGUUUUUGGGGCCAGGUUUUGGGGAUUUUAAAAAGCCACAGACAACAAUGCAACUAUCACAUUCACAUCAGACUAUCCUUCCUAGAGUGCAGCUAGGAACAUCCCAAAAAGGCUGGACAAACACGCCCAAGCCGGACGUAUCCCAGCGCUGCUAGCUAACUAUCUACCAAUUAAUCAACGACAUCAACGGCAACAAGUUACACACGGACAGCGUAUUAUGCUUCUAGACAAAACCGGGUAAUACUGGGUGCUGUGCUUAGCAUUUGGGCUCCCGUCCCGCCACGAUUAUUGAGUUGAGUAUUUGGCUAUAUGUACCGGCUUUUUUAAGCAAACGGGUUUUUUUUUUGUUAAAGUUACGCCACAUCUAAAAUACCACACCCUCGGUUCGGUUUAAAACACGUAAAAUUGGUAACAUUCGGCUAUAUAAAAAAACAUUAAUCAAAGAUAAAUCCUCCACCAAUCUCUCCCGUUCGUUAACUUGCUCCCGUUUGCUGAACGGUGUUCCUAUAAUAGUUGCGAUCGAUCGAUGUAUGCGGUUUUCCCUAUGGACACUGUACUAGCUGGGCAAUGUGUAGCAGUGGCGACUGUCCUUCGCUAACAGUCAUCUGAAUUGAUUUGUCUAUUAAAAUACUCCAAAACAAGCGGCACGGCUGAGUCAGUUAGGGUCCGAAAGAAAGCCGGAUGUUUUUUCUCUUCAAGUCAAAUAACUUUCCUAUGCUUUGUACUCAUUCUACCUGUCAUUUCACCGCUGGUGUGCGGCCCGGUGGACUUCACUCGACAGGACAGCGGUUCAAAUCCCAUCCCCAGAGCAAUACCUUGCUUUGUACGGGUAUACUGUAGCAGGCCGCGAGACCUUCAGAAGAGGGUUGUAGUGUGUAGCGCCAAGGAAGAAGAAGAAAAGCAUUUCAACACCCUUAAAAACUGACCAGUUUUUGUGCCGCCUGUUUUAGCGUGUUACGCCCGGAGUUUUCUGCAUUGAUUGUGUAGAGUAUCCUCUUCUGGUUCUAACUUCGUGUCCCUGUCCUUUCUAUUUGUAUCAUCUUAAAAAGAAGGUAAGUUAAAAGUCUACCAACCGUUGAAUAACGUUUCAAACCGGACUAACGCGUGUGUCUCUCUAAACAACAAAAUACACUUCACUUGUCCUCUAGGUGCGCACUUUCGUGUAGAAAAAAUCUACCAACUGUUAAACAAUUAAUUCUCAUCUGUAUCAUCUGUAUAUUGCUACUCGUAUAAAAUAACGCCAACAACAGAAAAAAAA